UUUCAACUUUAGUGGUCAGGCGCAGUUCUUCCUAAAUAGCCGGCAAGAUGAUGAUCAUCAUCAUCGCACACCUUACAUCUCGCAUUGCGUCUUCCUUUGAAGUUUUCUUUUCCAACAUGAGCGGUUGCUGAAACGACACUGUAGUACAGCCAUGGCCAAAUCCAGACAGCCACUAAAAGAGAAGUUCGUCCAGAUUUAUGAAAGUCUCUUUCAGGGUGACGACCCAUCGGUGAAUAAUGCCAAUUUCUGGGACGAGCUUUUUCUUCUCAAGGUGAAUGUGGCCUUUCUGGAGCAGCAGUUGAGCAGCCUCUCCAGAGAGCAGUUGGUGGAACGAAAGGAGAUGUUGAACACACUGUUCUACCGAUCCGUGUUGGCCCUGCACAGUGAAAACCGCAUCCGUGCCCUCAAUGCAAUUCAGACCCUAUGUGCCCUGGUACAAGGCGUUUCACGAGGCGCUCUCACGGAUAUCAUUGAUAUUCUGGUCGGUUUCGAAGGAGCUGAGGCCACCAUGCAGGAUCUCAUUGAGCUCAUCUGCCGCUUUCUCAUGGCUGGCCACCCGAAUUGUUUCAAGUCCUUGGUGCUGCGUUUCUUGCUCGUCCUUGCCACGACGACAGAAAACGUUAGCAACAACACACUACUCGAGUACAUCAUGAUGAACAGUGUCUUCGAAGCCAUCGUUCAGCUAUUGGCCGACAAGCAGAUGCGGAUGGAAUGCGGUUACGAUGCGUUGCUUUUGCUCACCAUCUUGGUGAGCUAUCGCAAGUAUGAGGCAGCCAACCCAUAUAUAGUAAAGCUGUCCAUCGUCGAUAAUGAACUCGCUCUUAACGGUUAUGGCCAAGUAGUCUCCACUGCACUCUCAGAGUUGAACAGAGAGGCUCAAUUGGAACCUCCAGCCAUUGGGCUGCUGUCGACUGUGGCCAACAUGGUGGGCAGCAUGUUUGUGCCAGCAGAGAACGUCUCCAGCCACAUGAGGAGCGACGACGCAGUCUUGCUGGCCCUCUACGAGGCAGUACACUUGAACAGAAACUUCAUCACUGUGCUUACCAAUUCGCAGACCGAGUGCGAGGCGGUGCCUGCAGAACGACCCGACUGCACGGACCCUUCCAACCUGCUAGUCACCUUCCUCGAGUUCUGUUCCAUUGUCAUGCAAAAGACUAAAGAUGAAUCGAGCGCUAAUACAACCAAGCUAGCCUUUAUUAUUCUUCUCUGUAUCACCGAGGACCAAUAUGCCAAUUCCAUGAUGCACGAUGUCAACAUGGUCUUUAAAGUACAGCUCCACCGAAUGCCAAUGAGACACAGAAGUCACGUCCAAGAGACUCCGUCUCGACCUCUGGCCUGUGCCCUUCUUGACCUCAUGGUAGAAUUUGUCUUGAGCCACAUGAGGAAAAACCUGCUCCUGGAUCUCUACCAACACUGCUUGGCUAUUGUCCACCGGUUGCUGUGCUACCAGAAAAAGUGCCGCGUCCGACUUCAGUACAGUUGGAAGGAAUUGUGGACCGCUCUUAUUAGCUUACUCAAGUUUCUGGUGCAUCACGAAACAGAUGUCGUGCAACAACACAAUAUUUUCCAGCUGGCUAGUCAGGUUGUCAACAUCUUUAAUCUGUUCAUCACUUACGGGGAUACAUUUCUGCCUACUGCCGGGAGCUACGACGAGUUGUAUUACGAGGUGAUCCGGAUGCACCAUGUCUUUGACAGCAUGUACUCCAUGGCCCUUCGCUACACCAGUGGGGAGCUGCAGUGGAAAGAGUCAGCCGCCAAACUUACUAAUCACCUUGUGAACGUCAGAGCCAUCAUCAACCACUUCACUCCCAAGAUUGAUUCCUGGUCCGCCAGCAACCAUUUGACAGCCCUGACCGAAGAACAGGUACUGGACGUGGUGCGUUGCAAUUAUGACACGCUGACAUUGAAGCUGCAAGACAAUCUGGAUCAGUACGAGAGGUAUUCCGAGAAGCCCAAAGAGACUGCCUUCUUCCUUCACAUGGUACGACACGUGGUGGCACAUUUCAAGAGUAGCUUUCGUUUGGCGACCCAGGAUUGUGUUCUCCGGGAGUUAUCCACCAUUGCAUAGCAUUCCAAGAUGGAAUCUCAAAAACUGGAUUAGACGGGGCAUCCUUGUGAGGGGGUCAUUCUUGAAGCAAUGGCUAAGACCUUUCAGGAGCAAUGAAAUGAAAUAUUCUUUGCGAGCUCUCAUUCCCCACUGCGUGUGCUACGGACCUAGUCUUGCAAGCGAGCUAGAUGGACUUUUGUGCCCCAAACUGAUCCAUUCGGUGCUCAUUUCGUUGUGUGCUGAAAAAGAAACGUAUUUUACUCCGA